UGACGUUCCAGAUUGACAUUUGCACAUCGAAAAAAAACAAAGUUAGCUUGUUAAGAGUUUUCCAUAUCUAUUAUUGUUAUUUUUGUUAGGUAUGUAGUAUUAUCUAAUAGAAAGAACCUUCUUUGAAUCAAGUAAACCACAUUUAGCAAUAUAUUAUUCAGAAAUUAAGCAAAAUGUUCGGUGCAAUGGCUUUGUUCAAAUUGCUUCAUUGUAAACAUCUUCGAAAAAUUAGUGAAGAUUCUUCGGGAGAAGGGACAUCAAGCGACCGGCACUCCCUGGACAUUCAAGUAAAAAAAGAGUUUGACGACAAUUUAUGCAGAGUUUGCUUAAAAGAAGGCCUCGUGCCCAUCCACGAUAACGAAGGCAUAGCAGAAGCGUUGACCACGUUAUGCGGAAUAUUUGUGAGCGUCGACGAUUCAUUUCCUAAGCUUCUAUGCCAGCCAUGCCAUUCGUUGCUUCAGGGUGCGAUCUUACUGCGGAAGACUGCUCAACGCUCAGACGAGAUUUUAAAACAGCCAUUUGACAUUAUUGAGGAUAAUAGCGGAAUAAAUGAUGACUUGGGUGGGAUGGAUGAGGAUAUGUACGUAUACGAUCUGUACAAAGAUGAGAAAAAACCUAUCAAGAAAAAAGAAAAGGAUUACUAUUGCAGAAAAUGCAACUUGGAGUUUAAAAACCAUGAUGAGUACACUAAUCACCGUCUCUCAGAUGAACAUGACAACAUGAGGCACACUUGCCAUAUUUGCAACAAGUCGUACCGUGCAGAAUAUUUCAAGAAGCAUUUAGCAACACACAACCAAGAUCCUCCACAUAUGUGUGAUAUAUGUGGGAAGAAGUUUAACGCACAGGGGCAUUUUGCUCGACACCGCCUCACACAUUUCUAUCAUUUACCAUAUCAAUGUAAUCUAUGUCCAUACAAGGGACGAUUUAGCGAGUCGUUAAAAAUGCAUAUGAGAUCACACACAGGUGAAAAGCCAUACCAAUGUACCCAAUGUCCUUCAAGGUUUAUAAACAAGAGCAAUCUCAACAAACACAUGUUGACACACAAAGGUCAACAUGACUUUAAAUGUGACUCAUGUGGGCGCGGAUUCUAUACAAAGAGGGAGUUGGAAAUGCAUUUCAAAGUAGAUCACACGGGUAUUAAAGACCAUGUCUGUAACAUAUGUGGCAAGGCCUUUGGGUACAGAAAGCAGAUGAUGAAACAUCAGCUAAAAGUUCAUAAAAGAGAAAAGUUGAAAAGUGGUAGGACACCAUUGUACGUAAAGGUGGAGCUGAUGAAACAAAAAGGAGAAGAUAUUGCAACAGACUAAUUUGUGAAAAUGAAUUAAUUUUGGUUAAAUACUAUGAAAGAAAAUUGAUCUUGAUUUCAUGAAUCACACAGGCCUUCUGAAGUGGUUAAAAAUUACCACUAGAUCCUUGAGGAUUCUUUUGGUCAGAAGUUUUGUGUUGAGACAAGAGCAGAAAUACAGACAAAUAACAGCAUAUAGAUAAUAUUGGAUAUACAUUUACUUCAGAUAUAGAGAAUAUUUAAUAUGCUUAUAGUUUUACUUCAGUGAAGAUUAAUAGGUGAAACAUCUGAUCUGAUGUCACAUAAUCAACACAGCAAGUAGAAAUUUAAUGAACUGAAAGAAUUUAACCUGCUUUUAAUAGUACAUUUAUUGUUACAUUCUAGAACAAGCCUGAAAAGUUCUGAUGCGAUAAACUCAUAUAGCAAUAGAAUAAAAACAGGGAAAAGAAAAACAUAAAAGAAGAAGAAAAGAAGAAACAUUACUUGUACUAACAUUUUCUUCUGUACAUAGCAUGCAACUUUAAUAAAGGAAUUUUAUUGCAGCUGUAUUAAUAUAGAAAAAGGAUGUGUAUUUGACUAAGCUGCUAUUUACAAUAAUGCCACAUUAGUAAUAUUCUGGUAUAUUUUCAAUGUAGAAAAGUCAAUGUAGCAUUCUUUUGAAAUAAAUAUUGGUAUACAAAUAUUA